UAACGGCCACAGGUGUCGCUGUUAACAAGCAUUUCUGAUUCUUACAAACAGUCCCUUUAAACUCCACGCCUUCAGCCCCACCCUCCUCCUCCUCCCUCCUCCUCACCGUGACGCACACACCGGGUCCACAUGCACCCUCACACCGGCUAACCUCCUCUCUCCCUCAGUGUGAAACUGCAGCAGAGGGCUUGUUUUCCCGCAUGUUAUUGUGCACAACUGAUGGGAACUUCGGUGCCUUCACCACCUCGAUGUGUGCACUUCCUCUCCAGCUGAACAGCCGAGAGAGUGAAACACGAGGCGGCUGCAGGAGCGCUCCGGUCGGACAACAUGAUGAAGUUGUCGGUCCUCCUCCUCCUCCUCUGCCCGCUGUGCCUCGCAGACAUCCCCGCACCCAGUGAGUUUGUGUCCUUGGCGGAGAUGGAGGACACCCUGCUAAAGAAGCUUUUCCAAGGCUACCAGCGCUGGGUCAGGCCCAUCCAGCACGUCAACGACACCGUCAGGGUACGCUUUGGACUCAAGAUCUCCCAGCUGGUUGAUGUGGAUGAGAAGAACCAACUAAUGACAACUAACGUUUGGCUGUGUCAGGAGUGGACCGAUUACAAGCUGCGAUGGAAUCCAGACAAAUAUGGAGGAAUCACUUCCAUCAGAGUCCCCUCUGAAAAUAUUUGGCUCCCAGACAUCGUCCUCUAUGAGAAUGCUGAUGGGCGGUUCGAGGGCUCCCUGAUGACCAAAGCCAUCGUCAAGUUCAACGGUGCCAUCACCUGGACGCCACCCGCCAGUUACAAAUCCGCCUGCACUAUGGACGUCACCUUCUUCCCCUUCGACCGCCAGAACUGCACCAUGAAGUUCGGCUCCUGGACAUACGAUGGCCACAUGGUGGACCUGGUCCUGAUAGAUAACCAGGUGGAUCGGAAGGACUUCUUCGAUAACGGCGAGUGGCAGAUCCUCAGUGCCACCGGUGCCAGAGGGAACAGGAAGGACGACAUGUAUUCGUACCCCUUCAUCACGUAUUCCUUCAUUCUGAAGAGGUUGCCGUUGUUCUACACACUCUUCCUCAUCAUCCCGUGUUUGGGUUUGUCCUUUCUGACUGUCCUUGUGUUUUACCUUCCGUCGGAUGAAGGAGAGAAGCUGUCGCUCUCCACCUCCGUCCUCGUGUCGCUCACUGUGUUCCUCCUGGUCAUAGAAGAGAUCAUCCCCUCCUCCUCCAAGGUGAUCCCGCUCAUCGGAGAGUACUUGCUCUUCAUCAUGAUCUUCGUCACUCUCUCAAUCAUCGUCACCGUCUUCGUCAUCAACGUGCACCACCGCUCCUCGGCCACCUACCACCCCAUGUCGCCGUGGGUUCGCAACCUCUUCCUUCAGAUACUGCCGAGGCUGCUCUGUAUGCGUGGACACACCGACCGCUACCACUACCCAGAGCUGGCUCCGGAGAGCCCCGAGCUGAAGUCUCGCUCCGGAGGUCGGAAAGGAGGCCAGAGGGGGAACAGCGGAGCAACCUCUGAGGGGAAGGAGGAGGAGGCCUGGGCGACCAUGUUGGACAAGGCUAUCUCCUCAGUGCGCUACAUCAGCAGACAUAUCAAGAAGGAACACUUCAUCCGUGAGGUGGUACAAGACUGGAAGUUUGUGGCCCAGGUGUUAGACAGGAUCUUCCUGUGGGCUUUCCUCACCGUCGCAGUACUGGGCACUGUCCUCAUUUUCACUCCAGCUAUCUACAUGUUUUUGAAAAUCCCUCCGCAGACUGCAAGUGAGGAUCCACCUUCACACUAGUAGCAAUAACACUCUCACAGGCAACUGAUGAUCCACCUUCAAGAGUCUAUGAAACAUUUGUUACCACAGGUGUUUUGUAAAGGAGAACUUUGACUCUUUGAUGGUUAGGUUUCUUCUCUAGAUCCACUGUGUAAAAUGUUCUGUCUGUCAUUAAGUCAUUAUGUGUAUUCUUUUUAUGCACAUUAUAGCAUAUUUCAAAUUAUUGUGAUGACAUAGGUUGCGUCAAAAAUUACAAAUUAACAUGCUAUUAAGUACGCAAAAACAGUAUGUGAGAUUUUUUAGUAUGUCCGAAGCCUUAGUAUGAAAACAAUAGUAGAUGAAUUUCAAAAUAUUUCUGGUGAAAUAUUACAGUAUGCAACGCUGAACACUAAGGCGCCAUAAAUAUCCCACAGUGCAAUGCAGUAGAGACAACAAUGUUCAUAACAGAUGUUGACGGAUAGCUCUGUAAUGUCAAUAACGCUUCAAUUAAAGUGCAAGUAUAAGAUUGCAAUUUUUUCUAAGCGUAAUAUUGAUUUUAAAUUAAUUUUAGACUUAAUUUGAAUACGUUUUUAGACUUUGAUUCUCACAAACCGUCGUUUUGGUCACAUGAGGUUGGCACGGGUUACCAUGGUUACGUCU